AUGGUUAACAAUACGCUAAAAAAUAAGAGGAAGAGGUACACCUUCAACAGUAUCGAGGGAGGAGAGGCAUACAAUGAGUUGAAGCAUGUUGCGGCAGUGCCCAGUCACAAGCAGCUUACGCUGCGAUCAAUAUCUGAAGCAAUGGAGCAAGAUGUGACCAAUCUAAAGAAAGGUAUAGCAUCAGUGUUUGAAGCUGUUAGAAAUGACAUAAGUCUUGAAAAUGUGCAAAUGGAAUCAGUUGAGCUUCAAUUGAAGAAAUCUGCAAAGAGACUAAAUCACACUUACGACAAGGUAUGCGACAAUCGUAUUCGAAAUCAACGGUUUAAUCCGUCAUCAGAGCAUUUAAAAGGGCUUUCCGAUGGUGUCGCAAAAUUGUCAAGCAAUCUUGAUAUUAUCGAAGAUAGUACAGAUGAGAUCCUAGAAAAUAUAGUUAAGAUCGACGCAAGAAUUCCACGAAAAAGUCGGUUUUUGAACGGUCAGGUCUUUAAUGAGCAACACUAUCCUCUCCUUUUUGGUUUAAUGCGUGACAAAUUUGGCUAUUUACUGGAAGAACAAGCAGAGGAGGCAGACCUCGAGGAAAUUGAAGAGACAAAUGUCGCACAUGCGGGACCUUCAAAGUCAGCUGAAAUAACGUCAAAGAGCUCGGAUGCCACAGCAUCCGUGGAUGACUUGAUAGUCCGAUAUAGAAUGUCCCAAACCAUGCGAACUUCUUCAUUGCAUGCAAGUGAUGUCUUUCUGCCGCCUUCCCUAAGAAAGGUCAGUACGCCAUCGACAAAAACUACAUUUGAAACUAUAUCUGCAAAGAAUAUUUUCAAAGCGACACCGCCAACGUAG